AGGCCGUUUAUCCUAAGAAAUGUUCGCCAUGUUAUAAGAAAAAGAAUACAUAAUGAGCAACAAAACAAAGAUUCAGCGUCUAAAAGAGCUCCAAGAAUAAACCUUAUUAAAAAAAUCUCUCAUUAACUAACAAAAGCAAUUAGGUCUAAACCAGAAACACCGCACUUUUUAACCCCAUAACCAAAAGUUACCACAAGCACAUAAACAAGAACCUUUUAAAUCCACCGUAUCAAGAGACAAUUUUUACACUUUAAAAUCCAAAAUGACUUUAAAUAAUUAAAAAUUUCUUAUGUAUAAUCCCAAAUUCCACUUAAUAUUCCAAAAAAGCCCUUUUUACCCAAAUCAAGAAAUAGAAGAUCGCCAAAGGAAAAACCGAGAAAAUAAAUAUAGAACAUUCCUCCAUGCAUUCCAAAAUGAGUAAAAAUAAUAAGAAAAACAAAAAUCUUAAAGACUUGAUGAAAGAAAAAAAAUCACUUAAUCAAUUACCGAAACAUCCGUUUUGGGAAUAGAUUUUGAUAAACCUUAUAAAAAACCAGUUUAGCCUUUAGAUUUUUCCAAAAUUACCGAUAGAAAACCAAUGAAAACGGAAGUUAAUCCGCAUGAACUGAGAUUUGAAUAUAUAGAUUAUCCAGAAAUAUAUUCGAAGUUCAAACACUUGCCUAAUAUUUCAUUUAGUAAAUAAAUUAAAUAAUAAUCCGUUAUAGGCUCCAAAACUGGAGGUUUGGACUAUAAUGUUAAUAUGGAAAGUAUUCUUAAAAAAUAAGGAUAAGGGAUUCUCGAUUAUUCAAAAGUAUCACCUAGAAAAUGGUAUGAUAAAAAUGUUUAUACCCUAAAUGAAUAAACUGUUGAUUAUUUUAAAUAUUAAUUUGAUGAAAAUAAAAGCUAAAUUCUAAAAAAAAUUACUGUGCCAUAUUUUGAUAAAAUGGGAGAUAGAUAUAGAUAAUCUCAUAAAAAUUUGACAAAUACUUCGAAAAAUUCAAACAUUUUAUGAAUAAUUUUUUAGAUAUUUUUUAUUUUUGUUUUUUGUAUAAUUUUUUUGUUUUAUUAGUUGU